GUUUGUUUGUCCGGCUUCGUUGUAGUCACGACCCUGAGCCGUGGGUCAAUCUGUCAUUGUAUUCAUCGAGCGGCGGGUUCCAGUCAUGUCGGCCGGCCGCAUCCUCCGCAUAUUUCGAAUCGCGCAGCAAUGGCCGGACGGGGGAUUUUUCGCGCGUGCGCGGCGGCGCCCGUCACGUGACUCACAGUAGCGUGCGUACUCAAGCGAGCGCCUGGCGUUCCUGGGUCCGUCAUUCCGAUGUACUCUGAAAGAGAAUGGGAUACGAAGCACGCGACAAAUAAAUUGUCUCCAAGUCGACUCAAUUAUUUACAGAUGUUUGCCGUGAAACUGAUCGAUAUCGCUUCGCCUGCCGUGCCGCGGGGACACCAGCAUUUGUUCCCGACUACAAGAAGAGACGUAAGAAGGAGCGAAAAAGACUUCAACGACUUGCCGUCGGUCCCAGACUCGAGUCUGUCCGCGGCGGUCACGUGGCGCUCCGACCGUAGUGGCGGGGACGAUCGAGUGGUGGGAAAAAUCCUUCUACCUGACGUCCCUGUUCGCCCAGCGGACGUUUCGACUGUUUCGAGCGGCGUUUUCUCGACGGUUGACGCGCGCACGUAGCGGUCGAAUCGGCACGCGCG